UUGCGCGGCAAACUGGUUGUCCUUUCACGGAGGUCUACGGACGAAGUUGCACUGACGGAUCGGGUGUAUCAUCAACUGCACUGAAAUGAAAGAAGGUGUCUCGACUGGGACGGCCGCCUUCGGAGGAUCACCUCAGGAUGCUCCAGCUCCGCGGUUGCCCACCGAGAUCUGCGGACGCAUCAUCGACCAUGUAGCUGCGGGCCUGGAUAUCGUCUAUUCAGUUCUGGAUGGCAAUCCGCACCUAUUGGCUCUUCAAUCGUGCGCACUGGUGUGCAGGGACUGGUACUAUCACACGUGGUACCAUCUCCGUCAGCGCGUUCACCUCCGUGACCGGGACGACAUCCGUUUACUUUCCAGGACACUCCGCGACAGACCACGCCUCCGCGGUGUCGUCCAACAGGUCGUUAUCUCGGGUCAUGCACAGCAAUCAGUGGUUCAGCACCUCGAAUUGUUUACCGCCAUGCUUGCCGGGAAGCUCCCGGCGUUGUCGAGGAUCGCAAUCGAAGAUGUAGAGUGGACCGUUGGCUCGAUGAGGAUGGAAGGAUUUGGAUAUCUCGCCACAUUCAACCUCGUCCACACCUUAGAGAUCACCGAUGUCACCGUGCCGAGCAUCGCCCAGCUGGCCCGCCUCAUCUCAGCACUCCAUGGACUGAGCUUUCUACGGUUCUUCGGUGUUGACUGCUCACAGAAUCCCCCAGCUUCUCUUGUCUCUCUCCCGCUGAACUCUGCAAAUCUAGAGAGCCUCGAAGUACGAUGGGCUGCACCCGCAGUUGAAGACUUCCUCGUGCGAAUCAUCCAGGAGGCUUCCCGAGUGCACUAUCUCGCAUUCGGGGUGGACGGCAAUGUGGAUAUAUUCUCGAUGGGCAGCAGAAGUCAGACUUUGCUGGAUGCAAGUGCCGCUUCGGUAGAAGCCCUCAAACUGAUCAUACCUAACAUUCUCGUGAGUGACGGUACUGUUGACGCCAUUGUAGAACGACACUAUAACCUGUCACGCCUUGAAAGUUUGUGGCAUUUGGAAAUCACCCUGCCAUACUACCCCUUCGUUGCGUGGUCCUGGAUUCCUCAUAUCAUCUCUCGGGUCACUUCGAAGCAUCUCAUGGCCAUGUCUAUUGUGUUUACCAUCCGUGCAAAUCACGCAGCUGAUGACGUGGAUGGGGCACUGACAAUGAUGGAAGAAGACAAUAUCUUGGUACGAUUGGACGACAUGCUGCAGACAGAGUGCUUUGCCAAUAUCGCACCGGGUGGUGUAUGCCUAGGCUUUGAUCACAUUCGCUGGCUUUCAUAUGGGAAGCUAUCCGGUACAGAAUCAUCAUUCCGGGAGCGGUGCAAUCAGUGGGACGAGCUCAUGAUGCGGAAGCUAGUGGUGUGCAAUGGACGGGGCAUAUUGACCACAGCACACGGUAAAAAAGAGCUAUUGGACUGGCGGGUCACCAUGAACAGUAUGCAUACAAAGACACAACACCGGAAAACGAAGACUGGAGGAGGCGCACAGGGAGAGGAUCAGCCUGAACAUACGCCGGACACGCCAGGAUGACUGUCUCAGUCGUUUACCGUCGCCUGUAUCAAUAUUUAUGGAGUCUUGUGUCUUCCUUGCCUUACGCGGCGCACGUCAGGAGAGA